AUGAAAAAUUUGAUUUAUAUCCAUUUGAUCAUUUUACUCUUGACAUUAUUUGUUAAAACAGAUGAUGAAAACAACGAAUCAUGUAUUGCAAAUAAUGCCACUUAUGCACUUUGUAUGGUUAAUGAUACAAAUAUAAUAGUAGUUUCAGAAUUACUUACUGCAGAAUUAUUAAGUACAGAAUGUCAUACACAUUUUAUUGAAGAAUCUUUAGGCAAACCAGUAUGUGAUGAACAUGAACAUACUGAAAAAGAAGGUCCAACAACUGCUCAAAGAUAUGGCUAUGGGUUUCUUGCUGUAUUUAUUAUAUCUGCUUUGUCACUUUGUGGAUUAUUAGCUUUUCCACUCAUUUAUAAAGUUUCUUUUCAACUUGUAUUAGCAACAUUUACUGCACUAGCUAUUGGAACAUUACUGGGCGAUGCCAUGUUUCAUUUAAUUCCAUUUACAUUAGGUAUUCAUAGUCAUGCAGAAGAGGAACACGGACAUGAAGAAGAAGAACAUUCAUCAAUUACUGUUCCUGUUUAUCAGUGGAGAAUGCUCACUGCUGUAGCAGUUCUCUAUGGAUUUUAUUUAUUGGAAGUAUUUCUUCAUUGGAUGGGUCAUUUUCGCGAGAAUAAGGUUUCUAUUCAUUCUCAUGAUCAUAGUCAUGCAAUUCAACAAGAAGAUACAUCCAGAUCUAAUGAAACAAAUAAAAAGACAGCAAUUACUAUUCAUGAAAAUACAGCAUAUGAGCAUCAUUCACAUAAUCAUCAUCAUAAUUAUAACGAAAUUGAUCCAGCAUUAGCAUGUGCUGAUAGAGAUUGUCUUCAUCAUGGCAAUACUUCUGCAGUAGAAGCAUCAAAGGAAAUAGUUAAUAAUAAAUCACCGAAACGUACACGAAUUACAGGUUGGAUGGUAAUUAUUGGAGAUGGUAUUCAUAAUUUUGCUGAUGGUUUAGCUAUUGGAGCAGCGUUUAGUCAAGAACUUAUGUUAGGUGUAACUACAACAAUUGCAAUCGGUUGUCAUGAAUUACCACAUGAAUUUGGAGAUUAUGCGAUAUUGAUACAAUCUGGUUUUUCACAUUGUCGAGCAUUACUUUGGAAUUUUCUUUCGGCAACAACUGCUUUCAUUGGUUUCUUUGUUGGUGCAAGUGUAUCAACAAGUGAAAAUUCUCGUCAAUGGAUAUUUGCUGUGACUAUUGGCAUGUUUCUUUAUAUUGCAUUAGUCGAUCUAUUACCAACAUUAUUACCUGAAGAACGUUUUGAAUUAAAACGUUUUAUUUGUGUAAAUAUUGGCUUUUUAGUUGGUAUUGUAAUUAUGUUUCUAUUAGCUAUAUUUGAAGAUAAACUGUGUUCUUCAACGAAUACUACUUAUACACUUUGUUCAUCCGUUGGCUCAAAUAUAACUCCCAUCUCACCAUCAUUUAAUGGAGUUGAAUUAAUAAAAGAAUGUCAUGAAGAUUUUAUUAAGAAAAUUUUGAAUGAAUCAUGUGAUAAUGAUACUAAAAAUACUGCAGAUAAACACGAAACACCGACGUUUAUUCAGCGAUAUGUUUAUGGUUUUAUUGCAGUAUUUCUUAUAUCAGCUCUGUCAUUAGUUGGUUUAUUAGCUCUUCCAAUUCUUUAUCAAGUAUCUUUUAAAUAUGUACUUGAUUUAUUUACUGCCAUUGCUGUUGGAACACUUUUCGGUGAUGCUAUGUUUCAUUUAAUUCCAUUUGUUAUGGGCCGUCAUCAACACAAUUUGAAUGAUCAUCAUCAUCAUCACCAUGAUCAUGAUCAUGAUCAUUCAUCAUUUUCAAUUCCAGAUUAUCAAUGGAAAAUUUUAUUAGCUGUAUUCAUUCUUUAUCUAUUUUAUUUAUUGGAAGUAUUUCUUCAUUGGUUUGCUCAUUACAAACAUGAUCAUACUUCUUCACAUUCUCAUACACAUAACCAUUCAAUUAAAAAUAAUGAAAUUUUUCAAUAUACACGAGUUAACAUCGAUGCUGAUGUUGAACAUAGUCAUCUUCAUCAUAAUCAUACACAUCAUAAUUUACAUCAACAUUUAAAAACACCAUCAAUAUAUUCAAAUGCAAAAAGUCAUAUUAAUAAUACAAGUUUACCUUGUACACCAUGUGUUUUUUCAAAUGAACAACAUAUUAUUACUAAUCCAUUUAUGAAAGAUCACUCGAAAGAAAAAAUGUUAGAUAAUAAAAGUGAUCAAAUAUCAAUAGGAACAAAAGCUUAUAAUACACAAUUUAGUGAAGAUGUCGAUUAUAUCAAUCCAAUUCUAGGACAAUUAAAAGUAAUAAAAUCUACUGGGUGGAUGGUAUUGUUUGGUGAUGGUAUUCAUAAUUUUGCUGAUGGUUUAGUUAUUGCUGCUGCUUUUAGUCAAAAUGUAAAGUUAGGUGUUGUAACAACAAUUGCUGUUGCUUGUCAUGAAUUACCACAUGAACUUGGAGAUUAUGCUAUUUUACUUCAAUCCGGUUUCUCACAUUGUCGUGCAUUAUUAUGGAAUUUUCUUUCGGGAACAACUGCUUUUAUUGGUUUUUUUAUUGGUUCGUUCAUGUCAGAUAGUGAAAAUAUUCGUCAAUGGAUAUUUGCAGCAACUAUUGGCAUGUUUUUAUAUAUUGCAUUAGUUGAUCUACUUCCAACAUUAUUAGCCGAUGGAGAAUUUGAAUUCAAACGUUUUCUUGUUGUUAAUAUUGGUUUUAUAUUUGGCAUUACAAUGAUGUUUCUUUUAGCAUUAUUCGAAGACAAAAUUAUGGGUUUAUCAUUUAAAUAA